AUGGCCUUUGAGGCGUUCCUGGAUGAAGUUGGUGGCCUGGGAAAAUUCCAGAUCCUUCAGUUUGUUUUAAUUCUUCCUUCCCUCAUGAUAACAGUUUGUCAAAUACUUUUGGAGAACUUCACUGCAGCCAUCCCUCAUCAUCGUUGCUGGGUCCACAUUCUUGAUAAUGCCACUGUCUCUGAUAAUGACACUGGACUCCUCAGCCCUGAUGUCCUCCUGAGACUCUCCAUCCCCCUGGAUUCAAACUUGAAGCCAGAGAAGUGUCAUCGUUUCCUCCACCCCCAGUGGCAGCUCCUUCACCUGAAUGGGACCUUCCCCAACAUGACUGACCUGGACACGGAGCCCUGUGUGGACGGCUGGGUGUUUGACCAUAGCUUGUUCUCCUCCACCAUUGUGACUGAGUGGGACUUUGUAUGUGAUCAUCAGUCACAGAAACCAGUGGCUCAAUCCAUGUUCAUGGCUGGAAUGCUGGUGGGAGGCUUCAUAUAUGGCCAUCUCUCAGACAGGUUUGGGCGGAAGUUGAUUCUCAGGUGCUGUUUGCUCCAGCUCGCCAUCUCUGGGACCUGUGCAGCCUUUGCCCCCACUUUCCUCAUUUACUGCUCCCUACGCUUCUGGUCAGGCUGUUCUGCUGUGGCCAUCGUGGCAAACAAUAAUAUGUUGAUUAUUGAGUGGACAAGAUCCCAGUCAAAAGCCGUGAUGUUAACACUGAUAGGCUGUACCUUUAGCAUGGGACAGAUGAUGCUGGGAGGACUGGCUUUUGUCUUUCGAGAGUGGCGCACCCUGCAGCUGGUGGUGUCUGUACCUUUCUUUGUCUUCUUUCUCUCCUCAAGGUGGCUGAUGGAAUCUGCUCGGUGGCUGAUUAUCACCAAUAAACCAGAUGAGGGCUUAAAGGAACUUAAGAAAGUUGCACACAGAAAUGGAAUGAAGAAUGCUGAAGCAACCCUGAACAUGGAGGGUUUGAGAGCGACCAUGCAGGAGGAACUGGAGGCAGCACAGACCAAAACUACGGUGUUUGACUUGUUCCGCACACCCAACCUGCGUAAAAGGACCUGUCUCCUCCUCUUUGUGAGGUUUGCUGUCACAGUACCCCUUUAUGGCAUCUCUAUGAAUCUACAGCACUUUGGAAGCAAUAUAUUCCUGUUCCAGGUCAUCUUUGGAGCUCUCGCCACCAUAGCCCGAUGUCUUGCACUUGUAAUACUGAAUUACAAGGGCCGUCGACCAACGCAGAUGUUUUUCUUGUUCCUGGUGGGACUUUCCAUUUUGGCCAACACGUUUGUGCCCCAAGAAAUGCAGACUCUUCGUGUGACUUUGGCAAGUGUGGGAAUCAGCUGCAUUGCUGCUGCAGUCACCAGCUACUGUGUCCACUGCGAUGAACUCAUGCCCACUCUUCUCAGCGCAAAAGCUGUGGGAUUAGAUAUGAUGGUAAUUUGGUUUGCGGCAACACUGGCUCCCCUCUUGAUGACCCUAGUGGUGUAUCUACGCAGUUUACCCUGGAUCAUCUAUGGAGUGUGUCCCAUCUUUUCUGGUCUUGUUGUCCUUCUCCUACCUGAAACCCGAAAUAUGCCUCUGUUUGACACAAUCCAGGAUGUGGAAAAUAAGUGA